ACGCCCUCAUGUGCCCAUGGAAAAGGCGGCUUUCGAGGGGUGGCUGGAGUCAGUUUCCACCACCUUCCUGGCGCUAAGUGACCAGCAGCGCAACCAAUCGCUGGACCACCUCAUCUCACUGAGCGGUGCUGCCCAACUGCGACACCUGUCCAAUAGGCUGGAAGCGCUGCUGAAGCGGGAUUUCCUGCGCCUGCUGCCGUUAGAGCUGGCUUUCUACCUGCUCCGCUGGCUGGACCCCCAAACCCUGCUCACCUGCUGUCUGGUGUGCAAGCAGUGGAAUAAAGUCAUCAAUGCCUGUACAGAAGUGUGGCAGAGCGUGUGUCGAGACCUUGGCUGGCGCAUCGAUGAGUCCAUCCAGGAUGCGACACACUGGAAAGGUGUUUAUCUAAAGGCCAAACUGCGCAUGAAGCAGCUAAGGGAGGAGGAUGCUUUUGAGACGAGCUCUCUCAUUGGACACAGUGCUCGGGUAUAUGCUCUCUACUACCGGGAUGGGCUCCUCUGCACAGGUUCUGAUGACCUGUCAGCCAAACUAUGGGAUGUCCGCACAGGGCAAUGCGUCUACGGCAUCCAGACCCACACUUGUGCCACUGUCAAAUUUGAUGAGCAGAAACUGGUGACGGGGUCUUUUGACAACACCAUUGCAUGCUGGGAAUGGUGCACUGGUGCCAAAAUCCAGCAAUUCCGAGGACAUACUGGGGCGGUAUUCAGCAUAGACUACAAUGAUGACUUGGACACCCUGGUCAGCGGCUCAGCAGACUUCACUGUAAAAGUCUGGUCCCUGUCUUCGGGAACCUGUGUCAACACUCUUACUGGACACACAGAGUGGGUCACCAAGGUGCACCUUCAAAAAAGCCAAGUGGAGUCCAUGAUGCACAGUCCUGGUGACUACAUUCUACUGAGUGUCGAUAAGUAUGAAAUAAAGGUGUGGCCAAUAGGCUGUGAGAUCAACUGUAAGUGCUUAAAGACUCUAUCCGUGUCAGAAGACCGCAGUGUCUGCUUGCAGCCACGAUUACAGUUUGACGGCCGGUACAUUGUCUGUAGUUCAGACUUGGGCAUAUACCAGUGGGACUUCGCAAGUUUUGAUGUCAUCAGAGUCAUCAAACCACAGCAGGACCCCUCCAGCCUCUCUCUGCUUGGUUUCGGCAAGGUCUUUGCUCUGCUCUUUGACAACCACCACCUCUAUGUUAUGGACUUGAGGACUGAGGUCACUGUGGGUCGCUGGCCACUGCCAGCCUACCGCAAAUCCAAACGAGGCUCUAGUUUCUUACCGGGCGUCACCUCCUGGCUCAACGGACUGGACGGCAAGAACGAUGCGGGCCUGGUGUUCGCCACCAGCAUGCCCGACCAUAGCAUUCAUCUGGUUCUUUGGAGAGAGAAUGGGUAGAAAGGCAGAGGAGGUGAAUACUAGCCCUGUGCUUUGAAAGCAGGCAGGACUUUUACAAACAUAAAAAGAAGAAAAAAGGGUGCUCUCCAUUUGAAAAAUAUUACAGUUAGAUAAUGCAUGGACCAAAGUGGUUUUCCCCUCCUCGCCUUUGUUGCCAUUCGCAUUAGGGAUUCACUCUUGCUUCAGUCUUUUUCUUAGUCACUUGCAAACUACGCAUUCAACGCAUUACAAUCUUUAGAAAAGAAGACAGCUGGAGAUUUGCAGUACAGACCAUAGUUUCUCUCCAUAAUGUGAACAAUCCAAGGUUUUUGUUUGUUGAAGAUUUAAGAGAGAUUUCCCACUGAACUUCAGAGUUUCGCUCCUUUUGAUUUCACACCAGUGAGGGAUGGUGAAAUGCCAUGGCACCUCCGUAGCACAGAUCGCUUCACAGCAAGCAUGAGCAGUAGAGUUGGCGUGUUUUUAUAGCACAAUCACCAAGAUUGACAAUGAAGUACAUUUUUUUUUGUGUUAUCUAUUCAACAAAUGUGCGUUUCCUUAACACGUCAAGAAUUUUCCUUUGGACAAAGAAAUGUUGCCUUAAAUCUAUGAUUUCCUAUUGAAGAAAUUGAAUUUGCAGACCUCUGCAUCUAUAGGCGCUGGCUUGUGCCCCAAACAUCUGUGUUGGUCCUUUUACUGAGUCUUGAAAAGGCUUUGAUAAAAUGCUGUUUUAAUGAAUCAAAUGGCUUUUGUGUGAAGGUCAUGUUACUGACCCUUGGUUUUUAUUUUUCAUUCAGUUUAUUAGUCAUGUGCCUUUGUUUUAACAGUUAACCAUUUGCAUUUACAGUGUGCACAUUUUGAAAUCCAAUCCUCCCUCAAUGACAGAAGAAUAAGUUUUAUGUUAAGUUUUAUGUU